CGAUUCGAACCAAGUGAUCACCAAACACUUUCCGUCCGCGGUUAUAAGUCGUUGAAAACGGUAAUUAAUCGGUUCCAAUUUGCCGGAGUCGUAUCGUUUAUCGUCGAUCACUCUUUCCGCGUCCGCGAUCCGGGGUGAACAUUUGCUUUAGUGCGUAUUUCCGGUUGUAAAAAAUGAAUAAGUGAAACUGGAAGCUGUGGCAUAGAGAGGCAACAUGAAUGAUAAUCUGUCGAAAAAUCGAUAAAGAAUCCAGAAUCUUGUUCGUCCCUCGUAGUUCGUUUGGGUGGAUAAUGGUGUGAAGUUAGUGAAUAUUUUCAUAGGAAGAAGGUAGCAUUGACGCGAGUUUUUCUCUUGUGAAGACGAAUUGACAUUCUUUUGAGAGGAGGGAGGGAAAUAAUGUCACAAAGUGCUCCUCGAAGGCAUCCACCCAGCGGUGGCAAUCCGGAGGUCAUGUCGGCGAAAUUUGGAGACACCGAGUGGGAGGCACGGGAGUCCCAACGGCAGCGUGAAUUAGAAGAAGCUCGUGCCAGAGCUGCUCAGAUGGAGAAGACAAUGAAAUGGUGGUCAGAUUGUACGGCGAAUUGGAGAGAGAAAUGGAGCAAGGUCCGCACCGAGCGCAACAAGGCCCGUGAGGAAUCCAAGCAACUUCGCAGCAGCCUGGAAGCGGCCAUCAAGGAGUCCAAUUCGUACAAGCGGGAAAAAUGCGAGCUGGAAAUUCAAAUCACCCAGCUGAAGAAGGAAAUGGAGAAGGUGCACAUGUUGAUGAUGAAACACGCCGGUCAGUUCAACAAGGCCAGUUUGGAUGCGGCUGACGAGCCGGAACGGGACGGACGGGAUAACAACUGCUCACCGGAUAUUUCCUCGGAUGGGUUGAAGAACGUCAACAGUGAGGAUGGUUUGGUGACGAAGGUGAACAAUUUACCGGAUGACAGUGGUCAGGAUGAUUUGGAUGUCGAGGAGUACAUCCUGCAGGGUGGUGCCAUACCAAAACAUUCCGUAGAGUUGAGAGAUAAGAACGAUGUGAUGGCCGAGGAGAGAAGACUGAUUCAGCAACUGUCGAAGGAUGAUUAUGAUGAGGAUUAUCUGAUGCAAAAAAUUUCGAUGUUGCAGCUAAGGUUGGACGAUUCUCAAAAGACGAUUCAAAUCGAGCGGGAGGAGAAGAACAGUAUUCAUAAGAAUUUCGAAAAGUUCCGUCAGGACAUGCAGGAACUGAGGGAUAAGUGCGAGGAGCUGCGAGCGGCCAAGCAGGACGCCGUGAGGGAGCUACUGACCUUGCAGGAGCAACAUCGGGUGGAGAUUAGAAUUACGAACAAUUCACUUUCGGAAGAGGUAGCUGCCCGGGAGACGCUGGAAAGGAGACUUUGUGAGCUGAGGACUGAGUUGGAGCGGAUGCAAGCUGAAAAUGCCGCCGAGUGGGGCAAACGUGAGCGCUUGGAAACGGAGAAGUUGAAUCUCGAGAGGGAGAACAAGAAACUUCGAGCCGAGUGCCAAGACCUGCAGGAACGCUUGGAACGAAAGGGACGAGGUCCGGUCAGUAACAGUGAUAAUGAGUUCCGCGCUUUGCAGCAAGAGCUGCUGGACAAGAACAAGGAAAUCAGCGACAUUCGCCACUCGCACAGCAAAAUGAAGAAAAUGCUGUCCGAAGCGAAUACAGAACUUGGCCAUGCAGUUCGCCGAGCCGAACAGUACGAAACAGAAGUGAAGCGCUUGCGAUCGCGAGUUGAAGAACUGAAACGUGAACUAGCCGGAGCAGAGGAUGAACUGGACUCCGCAUGUAACCACGUUCGACGGUUGCAGCGUACCAACGAAGAACUUUCCGGUCAAACCGAAGGUCUUCAGGUGCAGAUUCAACAUUUGCAGACAAGCGGAAGCCCGAAAACCCUACAGGACCUGGGCAACUACAAAGUCACUAACAAAUCCAACUUCACCUCCAACUCCAACUACAAGCCGAACAUAAACGAUCUCAAACAGUUGUUCGACUCUCGCCACUACAACGACCGUCAAAUGCAGUCGAAAUCGCGCUCGUCCGGAACGGAAACUCAACCUUCGUUCCUCUCCGGAUCCUAUUACGAUGCCAAACCGACCUUCAUCGAUAGCGAUUCGCCGUACGACGUCAAAGACAAAUCCCUUAACAAUAUGUUCGAUUUCGAACGUGCCAAACAAAAGUUCGACAACAUAUCGCGAUCGGCCGCCCCUGGUGGUGGCGCCAACUCCAAACGAUCUUCCUCCCAGGGUCAAAACGGUUCGAAGCACCACUCGUCGUCGCAAGCGUCGUCCGUUUCGGGAAUUCCCAAACGGCAGUCCAGUGGCGCCACUGCGUCCAGCUCCAAUACGAACAAUUCGGGCUCCGGUCUGACGGGAUCGUACUACGAUUCUAACAACUUUUCCGACAAUCGUUGCGAUGAUAGCAUUCCGCUGCUGUCGUCCGGUGGGGGAAUCAACGAUGCGAUUCAGUUUUUCGAUAACGAUAUGCCGCAGAGUCAGAAGGGAGUUGGUGGUGGAGGUGGAGUCGGCAGCAAGUUGAACAUUACCAAGAUGAACAACAUCAACUUGGAUGCGCUGAAGGUGUCUGAGGAUGAUACCACUCCGUAGUUACGGAUCGACCAGUCUUCUGUCCGCCAACGAUGACAACAGCGACAACGAUUGACGACGCUUGUGAUCGCCCUUGGCAUACAUGGUCUUGACAAAUCAGAUUCGAAAAAAAAGAAACAAAUCAAAAUCCCUUUGGCAAAUACUUACAAGAAAAAGGCAUUUAUCUUAUCCCAUACCUACCUAGAUAUUUAUCAUCGCGACGCGCAGUAUUAGUUUCAACUGUGUAUUGUACUCGUUUGAUGCAUUUACUGUAAUCGUUGUUGUUUAUCGUACUCGUGAUAUAGAUUGCAUUCGUGCAUUAAGAAGCCAUCACAUCACAUCACAUCAAUUCGUGGGCGCAGAAAAUGGAUUGAUGAAUAGUAUUAAUUUUUUUUUCGAAUUCCGAGUAGUUCUAAAAGAAAGUGACAGUACUAGUAAUAGUAACACUAGUUCAACUUAAAUCACCGCAACAAUUGGAACCAAAUUUAGCUGGGAAAUUUUCCAUUGUUUUUGUGUUCGUGCAAUCCGUGUACUUAUUGGCCUAUCAGACUUGAUUGUUUAGAUUUGUUAAUUCUCUUAAGGGUUUGGAACAGCCCAGACAGGUUUAUGAUUUUUAGAAGCUCAAACAGAUCGUGCAAAGAUAUAAAGACUUUCUUGACAAGACAAACAGAAGAAA